AUGUUUUGUCCUAGUCUCGCACAUGCCAACGUUCAUCUCUCAUCGAAAGUACAAUUCGAAGAUAAUACUGAAGAUAUUGCUAAAUUGGAACGAGCGUUAGCCGAUUUACAACAACAAGAUCUGAACAGUAUACUUUAUCAAAAAGAAACAUUAAAUGCAGAAGAUCGUGUUCAAAUGGCACAAUAUGCUUAUCAUCCACAACAUUAUCUAUCAACUCAACCAUCUCAUUGUUUAUUAGUCUAUAAACCACAACUACAACAACUCAUACCGACAAUAAGAGCAACAAAUGUCGGUUCAAAACGACGACGUAGUCCAUCAUCAUCUCAUAUCUAUUCAUCACCAUCACACAAAUCAUCAUGA